UAUGGGAAACACAACACCCAGUGUUUAUCAAGCAGUUAAUCUAUAACAGACAAAACCAGGUUAUCACUCUUCGGAAGAGCAAAUAUUUGUUGAAAAACUUCUAUAUGGGACAGCCACCUUCAUCUGUUUUUUAAACGUAGUUGAUUAAGUAACAGAGGAGCUACCUAAUAGGAAAAAUAAAUAAAUAAAUAAAUAAAUAAAGCUCAUUACUGGAUGCCAACAUGAAAAUAGGAAUUUAUCUACUCCUUUUAUGUGAAAUAUGUCUUGAAAUCAGCAAGGCUGACAUCAAACCUAAAACUCCAAAGAAGGAAAAAAAGCAUAAUUUCCUAGGAAGAAAUAAAAAUGACAAUAUUUCUGAAGAAUGGCAUCAGCAUAAAAAUUUCUCUAAACCUUUUGAAGAGCAAGAUCUUGAAGAGUUCACUCUUUACAACUUCACUGAAAAGACAGCAAAUUUUGGAUUCAAUCUCUACAGAAAAAUUGCAAUGACACAUGACAACAAUGUCAUAAUUUCUCCCCUUUCUGUAUCAACUCUCAUGGCUACAUAUAUGCUGGCAGCCAAAGGGGAAACACACAGACAAAUAGUAAAAGGUCUGAACCUUCACGCUUUGAAGGACAGAGAUCGACAUUAUUUACCAUCUUUGUUCAAACAACUGAAAGAUAACAUCACAAUGAAUGAAGAGCUUCUCUUUGAGCAAGGUAUUCUUUCCUUUAUCCAAAAGGACUUCAUAAUCAGGGAGGAUUUCCUCAAUUUAUCGAAGCAGUACUUUGAUAUGGAAUUCCUGCAUGUGGACUUUCAGAACAGCACACAGGCAAAAUCUAUUAUAAAUCAAAAUAUUAACCAAAGGACCAAAGGAAAAAUCCCAGAGAUUUUUGAAGAGCUCGACCGCCAUAAUAAGCUGUUACUUGUGGACUACAUUUUGUUUAAAGGCAAGUGGCUCUAUCCAUUUAAUUCCAAAUUCACAGAAAUGGAAACCUUCCACAUAAACAAAUACAGAAGUGUACAGGUACCCAUGAUGUUCAAGUCAGAUAAAGUUAAUUCAACCUUUGAUGAGAAUUUAAGAUGCAAUGUGUUAAAACUUCCCUACAAAGGCAAAGCCUACAUGCUGGUUGUCAUCCCAGAAAAGGAGGGAGAUUACAUUUCACUCGAAGACCAUUUGACAACAGACCUUGUGGAAUCCUGGCUUGCAAACAUGAAGAGCAGGAAAAUGGAUAUUUCAUUUCCAAAGUUCAAACUAGAACAAAAAUACAAAAUGAAGAAAUUGCUUUAUGCUCUUGGAAUUAAAAAUAUAUUUUCACGCACAGCAGAUCUUAGUCAUCUCACAGACCAAGAAUAUGUAACAGUUUCACAGGUUGUCCAAAAGGCUGUAAUUGAAGUGGAUGAAAACGGAACUGAGGCCACGGCAGCUACAGGGUCAGAAAUAAUUGCAUUCUCAGCGCCUCCUGUCAUUAAAGUCGACCGACCAUUUCUGUUCAUGAUUUUUGAAGAAACUUUUAAAACUUUACUUUUCAUUGGUAGGGUGGUUGAUCCAACAGAAAUGUGAAUAAAGGUAACAGUUUUUAUUGUGGUAUGUAA